UCCCUCUUCUUCUUCUUCUCUUCUUUUCCACCAUUCUCUUCUGCCAACACUCUCUCAUCUACUGAGAAAUAGGAAACUAAAUUAAAACACCAAUUUGGAGAAGCUUCUGAGCCCCACCCCCCUCCAAAGAAAGGAAAAUACUAAGGUUUUUUGUGUUGGUGACUUAACUAAGAAAGAUGGAAGGAAAGUAUGGAUUAGUUAGGGAACAUAGUGGGAUAUGGAAAUCAUUGAGAGAUGGUGACUUUGAUGAAGAAGAUGUUUGGUGUGUCCUUAACAAGGACACACAUAACUCUGAUGCCCUUAAAAUUAAGGAGUCUUCUCCUAUUCCUGUCCCUAGAUCAAGAAUGAUUCCAAGGCCUAAUAGCACAAAUAACAUUAAUAAUAAUAAUAAUAAUAAUAAUUCCUCUAGUGAAGCAAAAUUUCAUCAAUUUCUUCAGCAAUCAGCACCGGUCAACAUUCCUGAUUGGUCAAAGAUGUAUAAUUCAGGUGAUUUUGUUGAAGAUUAUGGUAGUGAUGAGGAUUUAUUAGAUGAAGAUUAUGAUGAAUAUGAUGUUAAUAAUAAUAAUAAAAUGUUGCUACCACCACAUGAGUUUAUUGCUAGGAGGCUAGCAAGGAGUCAAAUAUCAUCAUUCUCAGUGUUGGAAGGUGUUGGAAGAACACUCAAAGGUAGAGAUCUUAGCAAAGUGAGGAAUGCUGUUCUUACAAAAACUGGUUUUCUUGAAUCACUAUGAAUAUUUAAUUAAUAACAUUAUUAUUAUUAUUGUUGUUGUUAUUGUUAAAUAUUGUUAUAGAUACUAGUAUAGACUAUAUUAUUAUUAUUAUUAUUAGUCAUUAUAGCUAGUAUAGUGGUUUUUAAUUGGGGAUGGAGAUUUUUUUUUUCAUGAUUAAUUAUUGGGGUGUGAUUGUGAAGGAUUUGUUGUUCUAGCCAUUUACCAUGUAGAAACUUAAAAAAAAAUAUCAAUGAAUUAGAUUUUGGUUUUCAUCACAAUAUCUAGUGAUGAUUAUUUAUGUCUUUUA